UGUUCUUGUCUCGCGUGUGUCGGCACCGUAUUCCAAACACCGGUCAACAAGUCAUUGCCGUGGAGAGGAAACAGCUUUGAGAUUGACAGCGUGUUCCCGUAGUUUCGGUGUGGCAGCGAAUUCAAGUCGGGAAUUCCCGCCACAAGAGCUCAAGCAUGUUUCGUGUUAGUCGCGCGACUUCGCGUCUCACGCGAGUUUUCAACCAUCCGCGGCGGACAGCUGUAGCCAUGGCAGGUGUCGCUGCCUCCACUGCAACCGUCACUUUUAUCUACAGAAGCUUCAGCUCAUCGAGUGUACGCUUGAAGGGUAUCAUCGACGUAAACGACUUCAUGGCUCAACCCAUAACUCCGAUGAAGCACCUGGAGAAGACAAUGGACAGCAUUCCAACCCGAAUGGAACUCAUGAUCUUGGAUGCCCAGGCUAAACUGAUCAGAAGUCUCCAGGAGGUCGAAGCCGAACAUUCGAAUACAAAAUUCAGGGUCGACCGAUGGGAGCGCGCAGAGGGUGGCGGGGGCAUCGCUUGUGUCCUCCAAGAUGGUCAAGUCUUCGAGAAAGCUGGGGUCAAUAUCUCCGUCGUGGAAGGUGACCUGACGAAAGGUGCCCUGCAACACAUGAAAUCUCGCGGAAGAGAUUUCGGCGAAGGUCCUCACCGGUUCAAGGCGAUGGGAAUAUCAUCCGUGAUUCAUCCCCGAAACCCCAAUGUGCCAACUCUGCAUUUCAACUAUCGUUACUUCGAGGUUGUGAACGGAAGAGGAGACGUGACGUGGUGGUUCGGUGGAGGCUCGGACUUGACACCGUACUAUUUGGACAAGGACGAUGUCCGCCAUUUCCAUCAGACUCUGAAGAAUGCGUGCGAUCGACACAAUCCGCAGUACUACCCGAGAUUCAAGAAAUGGUGUGAUGAGUAUUUCUUCAUAACGCACCGAGGUUUCUCGAGAGGUGUCGGCGGAAUAUUUUUCGACGAUUUGGACGACAAGAAAGCCGAAACGAUGUUGAAAUUCGUCACCGAAUGCGCCAGCUCUGUUAUACCAUCGUACGUUCCACUCGUCAAGAAGAACAAGGAUCGCGGUUACGGCUACAAGGAGCGUGACUGGCAACUGAUCCGGAGGGGUCACUACGCUGAGUUCAAUCUCGUGCACGAUCGAGGUACAAAAUUUGGUCUCUCCACGCCUGGCGGACGGAUUGAAGCGAUCUUGAUGUCGCUCCCACUCAACGCGCGCUGGGUUUAUGAGCAUCAGCCCGAGCCCGGCAGCGAAGAAGCAGCCUUAUUAGAGGUCUUGCUCAAGCCCAAGGAUUGGGUCUGAUCUGCUCAGCUGAGCCAAGCCUCACAAGGAACGAGAACUGAGAUGGAUAUAGUAUUCCUGGGACUAAGUAAGAAGGUACAGCG